GAAAAACCGGAAUACCGGGUCCUUCCGCGUAAAACCUUAAUCGAGCAAACCAAAGUUCUAAACUUCAAUGCCGUGCAUUCCGGCUAUGACGUGACUCUAUUAUGACAUCACAACCAAUUCCAUCGGGUUGCGUUCGGCAGCGUUUGAUCGAACAGAACAAGUCCGUGGCAGGCAGACAGGGCUCACGGCAUUCCACUGUUCCGUAUGUGCACCAUCACGGUCACAACAACAUACCUGUACACACUCAGUCCUCACAGGGAGGAGGGCUUUAGUAGCUGUUGAUAUACGUUGGAACAGACUGUAGACCGAGAGCUUCUGAUCUAACGAGUGGGUCAUUUACAUCCCGUCUCCGGUUCACGCCGCAAAGUGAAUUUACGACAAAGUUUUGAGGAUUUCAUUGUCAACCUUCCGGACUACGCUGGAUUGCAAGAGCGGAAUGAGCGACUUUACGAUGAUAAACUGUUGCCUGAUUCUUGGCGCGUGUCUCCUGUCCAGUCAAGUUGUCUGGAGCCAGCGCGUACGUGUGGAACAUGAGGUCACUGCGUAUCCAAACGGGUCUGUCAAUCUACGGUGUGAGUUCACUAACAGUGGAAACACCAAACUCACACAGGUCUCGUGGAUGUUUGAGCGUAAUGAAGGUGAUAGACACAACAUUGCUGUGUUCCACCCCCAAUAUGGAGCAAGUUUCCCUAAUAAAGACUUUGAAGGGCGAGUUAAUUUCACACUAGGUUCACUGGAGAACCCCUCCAUAAGAAUCAAGAAACUGAGGAUGGCUGACGCAGGCAGGUACAUCUGCGAGUAUGCCACUUACCCCAGUGGAAACGAGCAGGGAACCACCACUCUUAUCAUGCUGGCCAAACCCAGAAACUCUGCUGCCCCCGUCCCAGUACAGGCCGGCUCGUCUGAAGUGGUCGUGGCACGUUGCGAGGCGGCUCAAGGAAAACCUGAGGCAACCAUCUCCUGGAUUACAAGUUUGGCCGGCCGCUAUAACCACACUUCAGUGCCUGAAAGGGAUGGCACUGUGACUGUCAAGAGCGAAUAUCGGAUUGUCGCAACUCCUGCAGAAAACGGAAAAGAAAUUGCCUGUGUGGUCGAUCAGAGGACGCAGUCUGCAUCUCAGAGCUUCCCAAUGAGACUGGUGGUGGAGUACCCCCCCACUGUGACGAUAGAAGGAUAUGAUGACAACUGGUAUAUGGGUCGGAAAGAUGCCGUUCUGAUCUGCCAAGCUGACGCCAAUCCAGCACCCACUGAUGUUACCUGGACGGCCGUGUCGGGUCAGUUGCCGCCUACGGUACGGGUGGAUCAGAACCGGCUGUUGGUGAGGAAUGUGGAUGAAACGGUGAACAUCACAUUUGUGUGCGAGGUGAAGAACAGCCUGGGUUCUGGCAGGAAAGAGCUAGCCCCCACUGUCAUUGAAUCAACAGAAGACCCUUCCAGUGCAGGUGUGGUGGCCGGUGCCAUUCUGGGCAGCCUCUUGGCCCUUGUAUUGGUCAGUGCAUUGGUGACCGUGUUGGUGAUGCGCAGUCGUCGCCAACAGCACGGAUAUUCAGGCAACAGCGAGCAGGGGGGUUAUGGCAACAAAACCCGUCUAUUUGGAAGCAAGAAGAGCAGCAAGAAUGGCGCAGGGGCCAACAACAAUGGGCCAAUCUACACAUACCGCGAGAGUGAGCCAGGAACCCUGACGGAAAAAUGCAACGAAUUCCCACACUUGACAGCCAGUAUGCCAACUGCCCACAACAUCCUGCUGAGUGGUGAGCUAAAUGAGGCAGAGCGCAGGAAGUUCGAUGCCCUCAAUGACAGCGUAGAGGAAGAAGAGAAUGAAAGGUAUGACCGCUUUGGCGGACUGCCACCCAGCUACCAAAUACAUCGACACGAGGAUGAUUGCGCACCUUACCUUGACGACGACAUGGAGUCCCAGCGAGAUGGCUCCAUUAUCUCCCGGACUGCCAUCUAUGUCUAAAGGAGAGAAACGGCGGGUGAUAAAGGCUGAUGGAAAUAUAAUACGGCUGACUGAUAUUUACUUGACCUAAAAUUGACCUUUUAAACAAAGAGACAAAGAUUAAUGUUCUGUAGAAACAUGCCGUCUAAGGAGAGUAGAGUGGAACCAGGAUGGUUCAUGCUACUUCUGUGGACAAAAGCACUCAUUGUCAUUACUUGACUUAUUGUUCAUGCUGCUCACCUCACAAUGCGUAGUUUUAAGAAAGGCGUAAUAUAAAAGACUUACCGCAAGUAAAAGUUGUGAGAGAUUGUGAUUGUUGUGUAACUGUAACCUCUUGUUAAUGUCCAUUCAUGCAGGAAUUCAGCUUUCUGUGGUUCCAUCACUGCCAUGAGCACAAUACUUUAGUAGGCCCUUUUGAAGUGGCCAGAAAGCCUCGUGAUUACCCAUAGAGUGUUCUCAAUACUAUUUUGUGCUGGUUAUGUUAUCCACAUGAAUUUUCAGAGUGGCUCAACAAUUCACUAAAUAGCUGUGACCCAGAAGCCAAGAUUCGGUCUAGUUUCUUGUCAGUUUGCUGGGAACAUUGUCUUUGAAAACAGCUGGAUGUUUAGUUUGCUUAAAAAGCACUGAUCAUUUCAGCAUAUGGGUUGUUCAUCAAUGUGGUGCUGAUCAAAUCCGGCUGUGAAGUCCUUCAAUCAACACUUUUAACUUUCUCCCCUCCGAACACAAUCCAGAUUUUAGCUCUCACUCAUUAAUUGGAUGUCUUGUUACGGUGCAGGAAUUUUCUGAAUGACUUCAGGGGUUCUAGGCUGAGGCAUUAUAAUGUUUUUCCCUCCCUGUACUCUCCUGUCAGCCUCUGCAGAACAGUGUGUUCCGGGCAAUGCUUAAUUCAAAAGAAGGCAAAAAGUGUUGUGCGCUUUCCGUGUGCAUCCUAAGCUGAUGCUCUAAGCAUCCUUUUCCUGAUUAAUCCAGUUACAUCAAAACCAUAAAAUAAGACCGCUAUAAACUACAGACAGAGGCUGCUUGUAGGAGUAAACGAAACACCCACAGCGUGACUUCAACUCUCGCUAACAGCCCUCACUGAUUUCCAACAGAAACUUGGCAAAGUGGGUGGGAUACACCUAACCUUUUUGGGAAAAGCAGGAAUGCUUUGACAACAUGACUAGAAACUGAUUUAGCUGAUUGAAAGGAAUUGAUGCUUGGUGGCAAAAGCUACUGACCUGCCUUUGAGUCUGAGAUUAUUCGACCCUGGACUACGGAUGGACUGUGGCGGAAAGCUUUUUAGCCAAACAGCAUAUGCUGCCAUGGUUCAACAGAGUCCACGGUUUUGGAAAGCGGCCAGCUGUGAAAAAAGGUCAAGGGGCAAACUGCUCUUACCGUAUGUUCGGCUGCAAGAUUAGGCCAUUUGCUUUAGAAACCACAUUCCUCUAGAGCUGUUCACCAGUUGUUUUAAGCCUAGCACAUAAGCCAACUUUAAUUUGUUGAUGUCUACGAUUAUAAAAUACAGUAUGUGUGCGUAACCUUAAAAAAUGCGAGUUCAUCCCAGAUGUGCAUUCAUUUGUCUGCGGUGCUCUGUGUGUGCAUGUUUUGCAUAAUAUCAUGUGGUUUGAAUGGAUGCUUUGGCAGUGCUUUGAAUUACUUCAGUAGUGAGUCAUUCAUCCUUGGUUUCACAGCGUCGAGCCUUCAGUGAAGGGAGGUUAGGUUGAUAAUGACAAAGGAUCCUUGCGCUUACAACACAUUCACAGAUGCAAAACUACCCAGACAAUAUUCUGCAUCCUGCAGAGCAGAUAUACCAUAAGUAAUUUUGAGAUUAUACUAUCUGGACCCAGUGACUGUAAAGGCGGUAGUUACUAUAGCCUACAGAGAUGUUCACCCACGCUAAAGACUUGUAAGGCUGUUCAUUUUCCCCCUCCCUAAACUUCUGCAAGUUGCAUCACUGAGCUAAAAAAAUAAGGAUGAGAAAACUACUUUCCGAGAGCUCCUCAGGCCUGGAAAUGCUAAGGAUAAUGUCGACAACAAAGCUAAGAUGUGGAGAGAGAAAAUGGGGGACUUACUGCAUAAAUGAAUAAUGUGUUUGCAGUUGUAAAGGUUUUAACUUUAACAAACCUUUUUAGUUGUGAAAUCUGAAUCAGUGACAAAGACUCUUGCAUUUAGCAAGACCUGUGUUUUUUUUUUAGGUGAGUUAUGGAUAUACUAUGGUGAAGGUUAUAAACAUUUGACGUUGAAAUGCUUUUAGAGACACUUAAAGAGCAAUGUUGCUAAAUCACGUUUUCACAACUCUUAGUAUUAAUGUUUUAGUAGCAACUUUGGAACUUUUCUGAAUAUUAUAGUAGAGUGUUUGUAUUAAAAAAGCUUUGAUGUUGAUACCAUGUUGUCAUUCACACAAUCCCAACGCUACACAAAGAUUAAACAUCAGAAUUCCACAGUUACCAAGUAUUGUUUGGUGAUGAAAGAUCCCAUCUACCCAUAUAAACACAAUAUUAUGGAAAAAUUAUAUUUUAAUAACUCUCAAAAGUUGAUGUAAGUGCCUUCUGGGAUGAGGGUCAGAAGUCAGCCACAAUUCAUGGGAUGUUGAAAUCCUAUAUACGCCCUAUAUUGUAAAUUACUGACAGACUUAAAAAUUACAAUCAAAAGUAAAAUAUAUAAACAAUAGUAAGGAGAGAGAAAAAAAACAAUUGCUUAAGCAAUGACAAAUUGCCCAACACAAUGUUCCUUAAUUGCUCCAUAUUGGGAUGCAAGACAUUAUGUACCCAGUAACUGUGGAUGACUUCCCUUGCUGAUUUUAGCUUGUUAUUCACUCCAAAUGUUGUGUUGUCAAGUUGUAACACUAUAUCUGUGUUCCAAAACCUAGUGAGCUGCCUACUUCGACACUGCAACAAACUCAAGUGAAAAAAUAAAUAAAAAUCAUACAAGAUGGUUGGCGAGGCAAGAAAACUGCUGCUUGUUAUAUAUACAUGUAUAUAUGUGUGUUAUUUUUUUUAGUACUGUGAAGUCUAUUUCCAGAAAAGGACUAUUUUAUUCAAUAUUUGUUUGUAGUGUAUUUGUAUGCUUAUUCAAGUAUCACAUAAUUAGCUUGGCAACAUGCUAACGUCAAACUCUAUUGGAAUCAAUUGUAGUCUCCUGCGCGCUGCUAUGCUAGAAAUGCUAUUUGUGUGUUGUUGCCUUUGUAGGCCAUUCUAAACCAGUCAAAAAAAGUUAUAUUUAAGAUGGGAUGCUACCUCAAGGGGGUCACACACCAGACGCAUCUGCCGGACGACAAACAACUGUUUUCAAUGAAGGUACACCACUCUGCAUCUGUCGGUGGUGCCCAGCUACGACACUGGAGGCUGCUCAAAUUUCUGCCACGCCAACUCACAUAUUUUCCAUUAAAUUCGACUCAAAGGACAUGGAUUAUUUACUCUAGCAUUGUUCAUUGUUGAAGAAGGGAAAAACCUUGGUAAUUUUUGUGUGUACUGUCUGCCACCUGAAGCGCAUUGACGUGCCCUGUUUUUGAUAACUGUGCCGUGUCCUGGCCGCGAUGUGGCGUGGCACUUCUCGUCCAGUGUGCAACUGUCUUUAGAAGGUAGCUGCCUAUGUAGGCUCACUAGGUUUUGGAACAGAGCUUUUGUUUAUUAGGAACACUCGAAUAGAACACUGUUGCCUAAAGUCAAACUUAGAGAGCCAUGGCUCACUUCCUGUUUCUGUAUGUACUGUACAUAAUGCCACUAAAAACAGAAUGUCCACAGGUUCAUAUCACAUCAUAUGACUGCUGUACUACUACAAGUCUUUCUAUCAAAAUGUGUGAGAAUGAUCAAUACUGUUUUGUUUAUAUGAUAUAUAAUAAUUACUUUGGUUGGAAAAAAACUAUUAUUCUGUGAGGUGUUGAUGGUGUGUAUCUUGAUGUGAA